CACAGUUAGCUUUAGAUACUAUCGAUCGAUAUACAGACUUCCGGUCGACUAAUCAAUGUAAAAGCGCAAGUAUAUAUCCACAUAUUAGACUAACUUAAUGAACAACACAAAAAUAUAGCAUUCACGAUGGAUAAGGAAGAGAAAGGAAAACUCAACUAUUUGGAUCUAACGAUUAAAAUAAACAGGACCAUCAACAGACUGGAAUACGAGAAAGCUCCCAGCGACCGACACAGUAAUACAUGAAACCUCUAACCACCCACAACAACACAAAAACGCUGCAUUUAGACAAUCAUUAACUAGACUUGAGUGAACCCCAUUAACUAAGGAAGCACACAGGAGAGAGCUAGACACAAUAUAUGCUAUUGCCAAAAACAAUGAAUACAAAAAAGAUCUGGUGGACAAAAUUAGAAAGGACUCGAAACGAAAAAGUAGGGACAAGAAAGAAAACAACGAUACAGCUUGGGCAGUGUUAACUUACACGGGUAAAAUGACAUACAAACUGGCCAAGGUUUUCCAAAAAUUCAACAUUCGCACAUCGUUCAGAACCAGGAACAACGUCGGAAGGAUGCUGAACAACAGCACAAACGAAGAGGACACUCUAGAUAAGCAGGGUGUAUACAAAUUAACGCGUGAAUGCAAGUGUAGCUACAUACGGCAAACUGGCCGUAAGAUUAAAACAAGAUUCCGCGAACAUAUAAGAGACUACCAUAAGAGGAUACAAAAGCCGAGCGUCACCCCAGAAUCAAACUUCGCAAAUCAUAAGUUCGAAAAUAAAUAUACACCAAUGAAAAUUAAUAAGGCAGCCAAACUCCUCCACGUACAGCAUAAAGGACGGCGUUUGAACAUAUUGGAAAACAUAGAGAUAUACAAGCAGAAAGCAUUUCAAGGGAGUAUUAUAAACGAACAAACAAACACCGUAUCCGAUGUAAUAUUCGAACCACUCAAGAUGCUGUACGAAAAAUAUGAGAAGACCCCUGGAAAAAAACGUCAACGCGAAGACACAUAACCACGCCGCAGAAACCCAGAAAAUGAAAAUAACGGAUUUCUAUCUGCCGGCACAAGCAAGCAACCUAAUACCUGCUAAAUAACGAAACAUAAACCGACGCAAUCACGAAAACGAAGAAAAUAAAAAUAACGGAUUUCUACCUGCCGGCGAAUACAAGCAACCAAAAAAGCACCUACCUGCGAGAUAAUGAAACAAAAGCGGUCGCACUUAGAUGGGUAUGCAUGACCUAAUGACAGUUAAAACAGAUAGUAGCACGAAUACAUAAAAGCGGAAGGAAUCACGAACUAUUCAGAACGAAAAAUAACACUGAAGAUGGCACAUUCGAAACCGCUUUGUCUCCAAACCAAAUUUG